AUGAUGCAGGGACACGAAAGCAGAACAUUGUGCCCCGUUUGGAAAUGACUGUGAUGUGGCAGUGUUGGUUGGUUCCCUAUAUUGACUUGCGUUGGUGCAUGCUCAGUUACAUCCGACCUAGUUCUGCUGAAGAACUGAGAAUGCAGUCAGUGUGAGAUGAUGGUUGGGGAAACCUCGAUCUAAUGUCAGCAACGGGAACGCACGAAGAGACGGGGGUGAACGCAAACAGCUCGUUACUUUCUGUAGUCGCUACCUGCAGAUAGCUUGUCGACAUACGAUGGAAACUCGUGUGGAGUGACAUUAUUCUUGGAUUAUGAGCAACCGACAGUCAUCAAAAAUGAAUGGGCUAAACGGAUACGCAAUCCUUGUCCUGGUAUCCUUUGUCAGCCUUCUUACCACAGGGGCCUUUGAGUCGCUGGAGUCUCCGGCAGACGACGGGAACAGUACGGCAAACGGGACGUCAACUCUAGAUGGCGGCCUGGUCCCUAUGGUGCUAACGACAAUAAACCAGAUCAUCGCUCGAGAAGGAAACUGCGUUCUCAUAGACUGCAACAUCACCGGCGAGCCUUUCCCCAAUGUAGAGUGGUUUAACUCUCAUGGUCAACAACUGCUUGACACUGAAAGUGGCAAGUGGCGUAUCCUGGACAACGGCGUCCUUAACAUCACCAGCAUCACCUUCGCCGACCGCGGGCGCUACAAGUGCGUCGCGUCCAACCCGCUGGGCUCGGCCUCGGGUUCGGUGACGGUGCGCGUGGUGUUCACGAACGGCGACAUGGGCGUCUACUACGUGGCGGUGUGCCUGGCCACCUUCUCCAUCAUCAUGGUGCUCAACGUGACGCGCCUGUGCAUGAUGAGCUCGCACCUGAAGAAGACGGAGCAGGCCAUCAACGAGUUCUUCCGCACGGAGGGAGCCGAGAAGCUGCAGAAGGCCUUCGAGGUGGCCAAGCGCAUCCCCAUCAUCACCUCCGCCAAGACACUGGAGUUGGCCAAGGUGACGCAGUUCAAGACCAUGGAGUUUGCGCGCUACAUCGAGGAGCUGGCGCGCAGCAUCCCCCUGCCCCCGCUCAUCCUCAACUGCCGCACGCUGGUCGAGGAGCUGCUGGAGGUGGUCGGCGUCGAGGAGAUGAGGCACCAGUUUGUCCGACAGGCGUCCGAAGGGCACUACGCCUCGGCCGGUGGAAUGGGCCCGGCGGGCGCGCUGGCGGUCAGCGGGUUAGGGAGGGUGUUGAUGCCGGCGGGGGAAGGGGACGUGUUCACGAUCCUGAGCGAGAGGGAGCGGGAGCGGAGCGGCUCGCCCACGGCCGACUCGGAUGACGCCUCGCUGCACGAGCAGCCUCAGCACAUGGCCAUCCAGGUGUCGGUGCACCCCCAGCUGGCCUGCGUGGCCCCGCCCCUCGCCGCCUUACCCCUGCCCGCCGAGGCCGAGUCUGAACAGGAAGAGGAGGAGCCUGUUGAAUCGCCAGGGCCGGAGGCACCCGUCGACGCGGCAGCACAGCCCAGCCCGCAGGUCAUCUACGAAAGCCAUGUGUGAUGACGCCCGACCUACCACUUGGGGGGGGGGAAUGUCCUCGCUGCUAUGCAUUUCAAGAAACAUGGGUCAAAAAAAAAAAACAACUCUUAAAACUUCUGCUGUUUAAUUUUUCCAUUAUAUGUCACAUUUUUUUCAGACAUAAGAUUUGUAAUGUCAAGUCUCUAUAUAUGAUCCAUUCAGCUAGAGAAUUACAGAACCCCUGUGUUUUCUCCUCCUUGUUUCAGGACUAUAUUCAUGUUGAAUGUAUAGGAGAGAAAGAAGGAGAUGUGGAAAGCCUCAUGCCUCAAUCUGAAUGGGUUACCACACGGCUGAAUGUCCACUGGCUCUUAGGACACCAUAGGUCACCUUACACUUUUUUCAUCUGUUUCUGUUUUCAUAAUUUCCUUACUUAUAUUCUAGUCAUUAUUUAAACAUCAUUGUUGUAAUACAAUCUCUAAAAUCUAUGGCUAAAUCCAUUGAAAGCACACUGAAGGGUUUAUAAUAAAUCAAUAAGUAAAGAACCACAAAAGCCAAACCAAAUGAGCCAUUUGUAAACAGUCGCCCCAUGAGGGCUUGACCUUGAAUGCAUGUAAAAACGCAUGUUUGCUCAGCUUACAUAGGACUUUGAGACAGACCAGAAAUUAUGUUUUUAGGUGUUUCUUUUUUUCCCAGUGUGCAAUCUUGAAUUAGAAUUUUGAUUAUCUUCAUCUAACAAAAGAGAGGUGUUCUUCCUCAACACUGGUUUCACACUGACUUGGGUGGAAUGGAUGACAUUAAGGAAAUAUUAACUUUCUCUUAAGAAGCAUCAUCCAUACGUUGAAUGUUCACAGUAGCCCAUUUUGCCAGUAUUAUUAUUAUUAUUAUUAUUAUUAUUAUUUUCUCACUUUUAAGUUUUAUUUUUUAAAUGCACAGCUAGACUUUAAAUCUCCCCCCUCCCCUUUAGUUUAACGUCAGUGAAUAUAUGAUUGUGCAAUUUUUUUUCUUUUAAUCUUUUCUUUUUAUCUCUUCAUCCCUGUUCAGUCUUCUGACUGCUGCAUGCUGUAUCUAGGAAGGACGUUUGAGGGGUGGGGGUGGGGAGGGCUCUGGAGAGAUUAAGUCUUUUGCUAAGAAUUUUCUUGUGAUUUGUAUUUGAGAUCUGGGCAGAAAUCUUGGGGCAUGAAAGGAGUUAGGGGACUUUGCUGUUACUCUCUUAAAAUGCCUCUUUUUCCCUCUUCUCCCUUCUUUUUGUAGUGGAAUUAAAAAAAGAAACCAUCUGCUGUGUAAAA